AUGGGCGACAAGACUAAAAAGAAAUCCUCCGUGUUGGGCCGUCUCUUUGGCUCGCACACGGAUCUGGAAACCAAAGCCACAAACAACCAGACCCCAAAUGGCCAGGCUGCUGAAAACGGGCUAACAGCCCCUGCUUCAAGCAUCCAGGGGUCAACCCUGGCGGCAAAUGUGCAAGAGAGUGUUGUGGCUGCAAACUCUGCUGCCGGCGCGGCAACGACCCCAGCCAACACCUCCUCCAGCACGAAAAACCCACUGGUGCCUGUUGCCACUGUGCCAGUGCGGACAACGCUGCUUACAGACGACGACGUGCUCUAUCCCCUUCCGCACGAGCACCUGCGCACAAACUCGCCUUUUGCAACCGUGCCCCUUCCGCUAGGCACGGCUGUAUCUCCGCAACAGUCGGCGCUGUCUGUGGACUCGCACGUGGCAGCCAACGGCGCACUCGAGGCGCCCGUCUCGCGGGCCUCACCCGUGUCGCGGCUGCCCUCGCUCAACAGCUCGUCGCGCCGCCCGGCCUCGCCCUCGCCUGCGUCUAUUGCUGCGGCUGGAGCAUUGGCUGCGCCUGCGUCUGCCAAGAAUAAACUGAACCCUGUCUCUAGAGCGCUGUCGGUCAAAAAGGGAACUAUUUCGCCCUCUGUGUCCGCGUCGCAUAUUCCGGCUCUUGCCACGCCCAAGCCUCGCUUCAAGAUGUUUGAGGAUGGCUCGCACGAACACAACUUGCGUGCUGCUCGUCGCCAGGAGAAAUUGAGUAGCAUGUUGAAAGACUUGUUGGGUGCCAAGAAACUCCGUGGUGAGGCCAAGUCCGCAGUGCCUAACAUCUUGCUGUCUGUUUCUGAUACGAAGGGCAAGGACAAGGAUAAACCCCCUACGUUGUUUGCCGGCUUGGUGACACAAGUCAAGAACAACACCUCGCCUUAUGACACUCUGGGGGCAGAAUUGUUGAACCCUAUGAGUCAGCAGGACAGCCGCAGUUUUGCCGAGAAAUACGGCCACUGUCAAGAGGUUAUCGGCCGCGGUGCUUUCGGCGUGGUGCGUAUUUCCCACAAGAAAUCGCCCCCAGGCUCUAGUACCCACGAUGAAAUGCUAUAUGCGGUGAAAGAGUUCAAGCGGCGGCCCAAUGAGUCGGAGAAGAAGUACUCACGCCGUCUAACGUCGGAAUUCUGUAUUUCAUCGUCGCUUAAACAUCCAAACAUCAUAGAUACGCUAGACUUGUUGAAAGACGCCAAAGGUGACUACUGUGAGGUGAUGGAAUUCUGCUCUGGUGGCGACUUGUACACAUUGAUUAUCACUGCCGGCCAGUUGAAUUACGCAGAGGCUGAUUGCUUCUUUAAGCAACUUAUACGUGGUGUCAACUACAUGCAUGACAUGGGUGUAGCGCACCGUGACUUGAAGCCGGAAAACUUGCUAUUGACUCAGCAAGGUGUGUUGAAAAUCACAGAUUUCGGCAACGGCGAAUGUUUCCGCAUGGCGUGGGAGAAAGAUAUACAGUUGAGUGAAGGUGUAUGUGGUUCGAGCCCCUACAUUGCGCCUGAGGAGUUUGUUCAGAGGGAGUUUGAUCCACGUUGCGUUGAUAUUUGGGCAUGCGGUGUCAUCUACAUGGCAAUGCGGACGGGUAGACAGCUAUGGAAGUUGGCUGAUGCGCUGAAGGACGAGUUUUUCCAGGAGUACUUGUGGAAGCGGAAGGACGCAGCUGGAUACGAUCCAAUCGAGUCGUUGAAACGCGCGCGGUGCCGCAAUGUGAUUUACUCUAUUCUCGAUCCAAAUCCCGAGCGCAGAAUCAACGGCAAGCAGAUCUUGAACAGUGAAUGGGGCAGAGAAAUCAAGGUCUGUGCAGCGGUGGAGAACGAGGCUGUUGGGGUAUGUCUUUCGUUGAAUGGCACACCUGAAGUCAAGCAGCAGGAGAAGAUUCCUGCAACGGCUUAA